GUUGAUUUCUUUACCGCGUCUAUAGCGUCGCUGAGGUCCUACCGACAUCUUUUUGUCGUUUUCCGUCCACGCGCUUGUAACCCUCGACCUCCGCUGAUAAUAAAUCGCGCACUCCAUCAACUGGUCAAUUCGACUAUUGACACUUUUAAUUUAAAUGCCUUCAAUGCAGUACAGACGGCGCGGUUAUUCACGGUCACCUCGGCGAAAUUUCAGACGUUUCAACGAACCCGGCCGUAGACUGAGGCAGGUUGAUUGGAGUGCUUAUUCACUUUCGCGAUUCGAGAAAAAGUUUUACCAAGAAUGCAGCAGCGUCCGCGACCGUUCCCGACGGGAUAUCGAGGAGUUCCGCGCCAAGGAAAAAGUUACUGUUUUAGGCCACAAUGUUCCACGUCCUUUGUUUAAAUUUCACGAGGCCGGUUUCCCUAGCUACAUUUUAAAGGUUAUAAAGAAGAAUCGUUGGGAUACCCCUACUCCCAUUCAAGCGCAGGGUUGGCCUGUCGCAUUGAGCGGCCGUGACCUAGUCGGCAUCGCUCAGACUGGGUCUGGAAAAACCGCCAGUUUCUUGCUUCCUGCCUUGGUCCACGCGAAGGCGCAACCUAGUCUGAAACGCGGAGAUGGCCCUAUAGUGCUCAUACUUGUGCCCACGCGUGAGCUGGCUCAGCAGGUUGAAAAAGUCGCGGAAGAGUUUUGCUCAUAUUCAGGUUUUCGCUCGGCUUCACUCUAUGGUGGGGCUUCUAGAGGUGCCCAGAUCGAUCAGCUUAACCGAUCUCCUGAAGUCGUAAUAGCUACACCUGGACGGUUGCUAGACUUCCUGGAAUCAAAAGAUACAAAUCUGCGCCGUUGCACCUAUCUUGUCCUCGAUGAGGCGGAUAGGAUGUUGGAUAUGGGCUUUGAGCCAUCGAUUCGAAAAAUAAUUUCACAGGUACGACCGGAUCGACAAACUCUGAUGUGGUCAGCUACGUGGCCUCGAGAAGUGAAGGCACUUGCUGAAGAUUACCUCUACGACUACAUACAAAUCAAUAUUGGAUCUACGAAACUAAGCGCAAAUCAUAACAUUAAGCAGCACGUUGAAAUCGUGAAAGAAUCGGAAAAGUUUCGACGACUUGUCAGCUUGAUAAAAUCAUUCGGCGAUACUCGCGUUUUGGUGUUCACAGAAACAAAGAGGCGCACGGACGAAAUUUGCAACCGUCUUCGUGAUAAAGGAUUUGAUGCCUCAGCAAUGCACGGCGACAAGCAUCAGAGAGAGCGCGAUAGAGUUCUUGAACAUUUUCGCUCCGGGCGCAUCAACGUCCUCGUUGCAACCGACGUAGCUUCGCGCGGUCUCGGUAAGUCAGUCUACUUUUGCAUGCUCUUCCUUUCUUUCACUGUCUUAACAGUCUUUCUCUUGUUCGAAUGUCGCCUACCAGGACUUGAGGCUCUACCGAGCAGAAAAUCUGGCAGACGCCGUUCCUAACGGUUUCUGUGAUAUCGCGCCCUCUGGCCCCACUCGGUCGAUAACCGAGUGAGCUAACUGGUCCCCAAUCAGUUAGCGUUCUCAUCGGAAGCAUGAAUGUCGUUGACGUUGCGUCAGCUUCAGUCGACGAGUAUCUUCAACCCGCUCUGACAAACUUGGCUGUCAGUUCUCUGCUUUCUUCUUGGAGUCAUUGAUUACCAUUGGGUCUGGUCGGCUUUCCGCGUGUCUGUCUGACCACUGUUGGAGUGGUUACGAAGCCGGUGACCGAGUUGGUUAGCACUUGGCUCCUUUCCUCCUCGAGCGUCUGUUGGUCUCACCGAUCCAACAUUUUCUUGGCCGCUUGCGCAUCACCCACUCGGCCUUCUCCAAGUGUCAGGUCGGUUCCUAUAAGUCUAAUGUGCUGCUGCCUUUGUUCGUUCUAUCAUUCUCGAUGGGUGAGCUUGCCUUUCACGUAACCGGCUCCUUAUAUAUGCUCUUUGAUCGGUUGUCCGCUUUCCGACUUUUAGACAUUGAAAAUAUUCGUUACAUUGUGAAUUACGAUUACCCCUCGCAAACUGAAGAUUACAUACACAGAAUAGGAAGAACGGGCAGGAGUGACAAGAAGGGCACAGCUUAUACAUUCUUCAAUGCCAAGCAACCCCGAUUGGCUCGCGAACUCAUCGAGGUUCUCAAAGAGGCCAAACAAGAAAUCCCAAGCGAACUGUUAAAAUUGUCCGAACAAAGCGAAAGAAGGCGCUGGGAUAACGAACGUAAGCGAGGCCGCUCUGACUCUAGCCGUAGUCGCACACCCGUCCGUCGCCGAAGCUCAAGUGAAACAAGCCGUAGUUCCCGAUCGGCUUCCGUUAAAUCUCGAUCACGGAGCUUAUCCUUGAAGCGCGAAAAGUCGUCUUCCGCUGCUUUAUCGAGUGUGGACAGCAACCGGAACCGUUCUAGGUCUGCAUCCAGCCUUCGCAAGCGAUCUGUGUCUCGGCGUUCAACUUCAUCUACUUCAACUUCAUCACACCAACGCUCUAACGGGAACAGAAAUGGUCCUUCAAGGCGAUCAGCUUCAUCAGGCAGUCGGUAUUCACACAAGUCUGAGCAACGAACACGGUCUUCGACUGCCUCUGUAAGUCCAAGACGAUCUCAGUCAGAGUCACCUGGCGGAAAAAUCCAAACUUCACGUCACACUAGUUUAGCGUCCAAUAGUCCUAGGAGCAGCGUGAAAUCGACUCCGAAGUCUCGAACACCAUCUCCCGAGAAUGACGUUGAGCGUGAGGCAAAUCGCUCUAUUUCACCAGUGUCUGAAAAUCACCAUGAAUCGUCUGAUCGAUCUCGUUCGACCUCUUGCGAGCCCGAGUCUUCUUUUGUUAAGGAAUCUUCUGAUCCUCCACAAGAAGAGAUGGUUUAUAAAAGUCCUCCACAAGAAGAGCUUGUUAAUAAAAGUUCUCCACAAGAAGAGACUAUUGAUCAAAGUCCUUCACAAGAACAAACACCCGGAGAAAUUACUUCACCGGUACAAGAACGUGCUGCAAGUGGUGACUUCAAUGGAUCAAUGAAAAGAGAGCUCGAAGAGUCUCCUCGGUCAGGGAAAGACAGUCAACGUGAUGCUUCACCUUUAGAGGUCAUUCCAUCACCAAAGCCGCGCGUGCGGUCUAGAUCUCGGGAGAUGGAGUCACCUAACCGGAAACCAGUCAAAGCAGAAUCACCCCGCCGUCGUUCCAGCACUCAUAAAUCUUCAAAAGAGGCUAAACGCAAAUCGAACCGCCGUUCACGAUCGAGGUCAAGCAUUCGCCGAAGGCGAUCUUCUUCACGAGCGUCCCGUGAUAAUAAGCACAAAAAACGUAGCAGUCCGAAGUCCCGGCGGCAUUCGCGUUCGCGAUCUAGGUCACCCAAACGCAUGAAGAGAAACUACCGAAGUCGAAGCAGAAGGAGCAGAACUCCGCGUCGUUCUGAUAUGUCUCGGAGGAGGCGAUGAUUUCUUUGUUAAUAUACACACAUAACCCCAACUUUAUAUUUUCUCCUGUUUUUUGGUCACAUAAUGGCAGUCGGUUUCCUGGUUUUGUGUACCACAUCACUAAUACUUUCCCGUCCGGUAGUCCGCAGAAAUAAGCCUAGGUGACCUGCACCGAAUUGUUUUUAUUGAUCUUGAUGCCGUAUCUUUUUGAAACUCGCAAGCCCAUGUAAAAGUGGAGCGAUACAUUAUCCAUCGC